CCAGAGUGUAAAUAAGCAGCAGUGCAUGCAGACUCCCUCUUGCACACCAUGCCUGCGCUUUAUGGGAUACUUCUGCUGUUCUCUGUGGUAAUGGCCUCUAUGGCACUGCAGAGGCCCCCACGGACUAAGAGAGGCCUACUGGAGCUGGCAGGAGUCAUCAAGUGCAGCACGGGCAGAUCAGCCCUGGCUUAUAUGAUGUAUGGCUGCUACUGUGGACUGGGGGGUCAGGGCUGGCCCAGGGAUAAAGCAGACUGGUGUUGUCACAAACAUGACUGCUGCUAUGGAGAUGCAGAAAUUGCUGGUUGCCAAACCAAGACAAGAAAGUAUCAAUGGACAUGUGAGGACAAGACUGCAGAAUGUGAUGAUCUCAAGGACAAAUGUGAGAAGAUUCUCUGCAAAUGUGACAGGGAGGCAGCCAAAUGCUUGAGAAAGGCACCUUUCAUACGAAAAUAUGCUAUGUGGCCAGACUUUCUCUGUGGGUGUACACUGCCAACAUGUAAUAUCUACUGAUUCAAUUUCAAUUUGCUGUGUGUCUAUUUAUGUUAAUAGAAUAUCAGAAGGAUCCCCUUCACAACAUUAUAAUGACAUGUAACAGCAGUAAUACUUCAUGACAUUUUGUAUGGGUAUCUCCUUUUUUCUAUUUACAUGAAAAGGACAAAUAUGCUUAAACCACUAUAACAGUGUGACUAUGUCAUUAGAUAAACAAACUGUACGAUGAGGCUCUCCAAAUUGAGGAUAAUGACCAGGAAUUACAAGCACAGGUAACAAACUAGUGUACAAAACAUAGUGAGCUCAGUAGUGGCUACAUAAAAUCCCAGGGCUUAUUUGAAGGGGGUGGAAUGUUGCAGCCAAGGAGAGAUCAGGUAGCCGCCUAAGUCCUUACAAUAGUGUGCUUAUACCCGGGUGUGUUGUGCCUUACCUUAUACUCCCUGAGGUUCUGUUCUGCCGAGGCCUCUUUUCCACUGCUCCAAUCCUCUCCAACUAACCCAGCAUGAGAUUUCACCUCUGAAAAGGAUUCUUAAAGCAUCCUGAGGUUUUCACCUGAUUUUUCAACUUAAUGUUUACUUUGCUGGAACUAGGUAGCCGUAAAGUACAGUGGGGAAAAAAAGUAUUUA